AUGGCGAAGGCGAAGUUUCAGCGGACGAAGCCGCACUGCAACGUUGGGACGAUUGGUCACGUUGACCAUGGGAAGACGACGCUGACGGCGGCGAUCACGCGGGUUUUGGGCGAGGUUGGCGGCGCGGAGUUUGUGUCGUUCGACGAGAUUGACAAGGCGCCGGAGGAGCGCGCGCGCGGGAUCACGAUCGCGACGGCUCACGUCGAGUACGAGACGGGGAGCCGCCACUACGCGCACGUGGAUUGCCCGGGCCAUGCGGACUAUGUGAAGAACAUGAUCACGGGUGCAGCGCAGAUGGACGGCGCGAUCCUUGUGGUGUCUGCGGCGGACGGUCCGAUGCCGCAGACGCGGGAGCACAUUCUUCUGGCGCGCCAGGUGGGCGUUCCUGCGCUUGUUGUGUACAUGAACAAGGUGGACAUGGUUGACGACGAGGAGAUUCUCGAGCUUGUCGAGCUUGAGGUUCGGGAGCUUUUGUCGGUCUACGAGUUUCCGGGCGACGACAUUCCUGUGAUUCGGGGUUCUGCGCUAGCGGCGCUUGAGGAUGGCGACGCGGCGACGGGCCGCGAUUCGGUCAUGGCGCUGAUGGAUGCGGUCGAUGAGUACGUGCCGCAGCCUGAGCGUCCGAAGGACCAGCCGUUUUUGAUGCCGAUUGAGGACGUGUUCUCGAUUUCGGGCCGUGGGACGGUUGUGACGGGCCGGAUUGAGCGCGGCGUGGUGAAGGUCGGCGACAACGUUGGGAUUGUCGGGAUCCGUGAGACGACGAAGACGGUUUGCACGGGCGUUGAGAUGUUCCGGAAGUUGUUGGAUCAGGGCGAGGCCGGUGACAACGUUGGGGUUUUGCUUCGCGGGACGAAGCGUGACGAGGUUGAGCGGGGUCAGGUUUUGGCGGAGCCCGGGACGAUCACGCCGCACACGCGCUUUGAGGCAGAGACGUACAUCCUGACGAAGAACGAGGGUGGCCGUCACACGCCGUUUUUCUCGAACUACCGCCCGCAGUUUUACUUCCGGACGACGGACGUGACGGGGACGAUUGAGCUUCCCGAUGGGACGGAGAUGGUGAUGCCGGGCGACAACGUGAUGAUGAAGGUCGAUCUGAUGGCGCCGAUUGCGAUGGACGAGGGCCUGCGCUUCGCCAUCCGCGAGGGCGGGCGCACCGUCGGCGCCGGCGUCGUCGCCAAAAUCGUCGAAUAG